AUGCAAAUAGCGGCCAAAGGGUGGAUCGAUGGUGACGAGAGCGCAGCGGAGAUGCUUGGUAGGGUUGCAACGGAGCGACCCUUCUUGCUUCUUCCGCCUCUUCAUCGAGUUCCUCUCCGUGUCGGCAAUGUAGUGGAGCUCGUCGGCCCCUCUGCUUCGGCAAAAACCCACAUCCUCAUUCAAGCUGCUGUGAAUUGCAUUAUCCCUACAGAGUGGAAUGGGGUGCACUAUGGGGGCUUGGAGCGUUUGGUAAUGUUCAUUGACUUGGAUUGCCGCUUUGACAUUCUGCGCCUCUCGGAAAUCCUAAAGCACCAAAUUAUGGAGCCCAAUGGGUCAAUGUAUUACGAUGAGGAGUUGUAUGCUUUGUGCAUGAGACGCUUCUUGUAUGUCCGUUGUUAUGAUAGUCUUGAAUUUCUUGCCACUCUCAAGACAUUGCACUAUCGGCUUCAAAAGGAAAAAGAAGUGCAUCAUGUUGGCAUUCAAUUGCUCAUGAUUGACAGUAUUGGACCUUUCCAUUGGGUAGAUCGUGGCUCAACAUUCUUUCCCUUGGGGGGAAAUAAGAGGAAAUGCCUCUCUCUUCAGAGUGUGUUUGACGCUGUCGUUCAGGAUAUCAAGAAGCUUCUGCUGGUGCAUCCCAUGCUAGUGAUGGCUACAAAAGAAAUCAUAUUGGGGAAUGCAUAUGGCGGGGACGAGGUCAAACAAAAUAAAUCUUUGCUGGAUGCCUCAGGGUUAAGAAAUUUAGCAAGUAAUACUCAACAACUUCCAUAUCGUGAGUAUAUGCCAUCCGUCUGGCAGUCCUUUGUUACACACAAGAUACUUGUGCGAGCUUCAGAUGAUCAUAUCCCUACAAGACACUAUGAAGAACAUUCCGUCUAUUUGUCGGAAUGGUUGUUGCCUUCACUUAGUUUUCGAGACAAGUUUACCAUAAAAGAUGUGAGAAAAUUUUGCUACGUUUCUCAUGAUCUGAGAAUUGUUUAA